AUGGUGGGAAAACAUCUAGGCAUUCAAUGCUGGUUGGAGGCUCUUUGUCUGAAGGAGUACUUACCACUUUUUCAAGAAUUCUCUGGUGUUGAGGAUUUGCUUGGAUUCAGUGAAGCAGAAAUCAGAGACCUUGGCAUCAAAAAUUGUGCACAUCGUGCCAAAGUGGUCACUAGUUUAUGUUGUUUGCGUGACAAAUACCAGCGAUCCACAGGCAAAAGAAACUCCUGGUGCCAGUCUUUCAAUACACCUUUAUCACCGUCAUCAACACCUAGUGAAUCCCUCCCCAUUUCUUUUGAGAAAUUACAAGAGAACCUACAAGAAGAAUUGCAAGGUGACCCGGCUGAUCUCCGAAGUCACAACUGGUAUCACGGUCACAUCACCAGACCCUGUUCGGAGCAGCUUGUAAAAACAAAUGGUGACUUUUUGAUUCGUGACAGUUUUUCCAAACCAAAGGUCACCUAUUUUUUGGAAGAAGAGCAGUUCAGUUCUAUACAAAGUCUUAUUGAUCAUUACGUCACAACUGGCAAACCUGUCACAAAGGCGUCUAAUGUCAUUCUAAAGCAACCAAUUGCUCGUCUACUUCCACUCAGCUACUACGACAUGAAAUAUGGAUCCCCAAUGAAUAAAACGACGGGAUUCCACUCUAGCACCCCAAAUGCAAGUCCUAAACCCAGCCCCUUUGUAACCCCGACCCCUACCCCUCCAGGAAGCCCUAAUGGAAGACGGCGUGUCCCUAAGCGUACAGGCAGCCAGCCAAUGCUCUGUUUUGAUGAGCCAAACAAUGACCCAUCACCUUUACCCUCUUCUCCUUUAGGACGUUCCGACAGCGUACCAAUGAUACACGGAUCUCCAGUUUCCCCAAUUACAACUCCAAUCAAUGUGAUCCCUCCAACACCACAAGGACGGCACGCUCGAUCAGGCAGCGAGCCGAUACUUACACCCUUUAAUACAAACAGAACCUUUAAUUUCUUAACGGUACCAGACAAUGCCUUAAACCCUGCUUCUUCUGAGAGCAAGUUGAUUACUCUACCUCAGGGAACACUCUUAAGGCAAGACAUUAUAGAAAGAGCUUACAGUCUGCAGUUUUUUGUAGCUGUGUUAAUUCUCAGUUGCAAUAAGACAACCGAACGAGCCCAGAUUCUCAGCAAAUGGAUUCAAAUUGCUACAGAAUUAAAGAACACCAUGGGAAAUUUGUUCAGUUUUGUCAGCAUUAUGGAGGGAAUUACAUUGAAACAGGUGAAGAGAUUAAGCGACACCUGGCUGAUUUUACGGCAGAACCAUACAGGCAGUGCCAUGAUUUUUGACAAGAAGCUCCGUGCCACUUACCAAAUGCUGAUGGAAGGUUCUGGAACAUUACCACUGCAGAAUGUCUGCAUUCCCAACAUUUUCCCGGUAGCCUGUCUUUUAGAACGGAAUGUAGAUACAAUAAUGGACAUGUUAGUGUGGGAAAAAAACAGUUCUGAUUCUGGCUUGGAGAGUCUAUUUGUUCACUUAGACACGGCCCGCAUCAUCUCAUCACAGUUUGGUUUAUACAAAACCUGCGGCCAAACAAUUAUUAGUGAAAUGAAAGAUGAUCCAGAAGUCCAAGAAAUUUUCAAGACAGAAUUUCAUUUGCGCCUGCUCUGGGGUAAAAAAGGUUCUGUCACGGAAGCAAAAGAUCGUUAUAAAAUAUUCGAUCGAAUACUCAUUGCCCUGUCAAAUCAAAAAGAAGCACCGGGUGAUGAUGGAACCGCUGUGUAA